AUUUAUUGAUUACUCUCGCCGGACAGGAUUAUUUCUCGGCCAAGUUUCUAGCUCAGGUGUUUGAUGUUAAAGUUGUCGUUGUUUGGGUGAGGGGAAUGAGUUCAAUGAGCAGAAGCAGAAGUCGGAGUCGGAGUCGUGAUCGCAUUCGUAGUCGGAGUCCUAGAGACAGGAGAAUGAGACCUGAACGGAUUUCUUACCGUGAUGCUCCUUCUAGAAGGGAGCCACGUCGUGCUUUCAGCCAAGGAAAUCUCUGCAACAACUGCAAGCGACCUGGUCACUUUGCAAGAGACUGUUCUAAUGUUUCUGUCUGUAACAACUGUGGCCUUCCGGGGCACAUUGCAGCAGAAUGCACAGCAGAAUCACGGUGUUGGAACUGUAGAGAACCGGGCCAUGUAGCCUCAAACUGUUCAAACGAAGGAAUCUGCCACUCGUGUGGCAAAUCUGGACAUCGAGUGAGAGACUGCCCUAACUCGGAUUCUCGUUCAGGAGACUUGAGGCUCUGCAACAACUGCUUUAAACCGGGGCAUCUCGCUGCUGACUGCACAAACGACAAGGCGUGCAAGAACUGCAGGACUUCAGGUCACAUAGCACGCGACUGUCGUAACGAACCGGUUUGCAACAUCUGCAGCAUUUCGGGCCAUGUUGCUAGACAAUGCCCAAAAGGGGAUACCAAUUACUCUGACAGAGGAAGCAGGGCUCGAGGUGGUGGUAUGCAAAGAGAUGGUUUCAGCAGAAUGGGCAGAGACAGAGACAGGGAUGGUGUUGGUGCUAUGAUAAUAUGUCACAAUUGUGGUGGCCGAGGACACAUGGCUUACGAGUGCCCAUCUGCUCGAGUCGCUGACCGUGGAUUCCGCCGGUUCUGAGGUUCUAGAAGUCUACCAGUUGUAGUUCCAUUCUUCUUCACCCUUUUAUCUUUUGAUUGUGCUACAUUGUUGUUUUUUCAUGGUUUUUGUCUAUUGGAGUGAAUCAAAGACUGGUUUUUUUUGGGAAAUUUGAGACAUUGAUUGUGUUGUAUGAAAUAUUGAACAGUUUAGUGUGAUGCAAUAUUAUUAGAAAUCAAAAUUUUUGAUUA